CUUACCUCCUACCCUGAUCACCUCAUCGAGAAUCUCUGUUCUCAGGCCCGCGGUGUCUUUUGCAAAUUUGGACCAUGUCGAACGACGCGCUUCUACAACGCGCCUCGUGCCUCGCCAGCCUCGACCUUCAGCGAGCUGGCUUCGUACCCUCGCCGGAGGAGUGCGAGGAACUCAUGGAGAUCUCUUCAAAGCUGUCCGACUCCCUGCUUAGCGCUAAAACCUCCGGCAGCGCGGCGACUGCCCUGCGCGACAGGGUGACGACGCAGAUUGCGAUCAACCGCUCAAUCGCCUCCCCAGUGUGGCGCCUUCCUGCGGAGCUCUUCCUGCUCGUCAUGUACCACGCUAUCGAAGACGUCGAGCCAUUCCGGCGCGCGACGGUCAUCGCGGACACCAUAGCAUGCGUCUGCCUCCGGUGGCGCCUCAUCGCGUUGGGCGAACCCGAGUUGUGGUCCUACGUCUCCUCGGCGCGGCCACGGAAUGUAGGCCUCAGCUAUCCAGCUCAGGUCGCACUCGCCAAAGCUCUGCCGCUCCACAUCCAAGCUGUCUCAGAACCCAUAGCGCUUACCAAGCUCUUUCGGGAGCUACGCCCGCACGCCUCGCGGUGGACGUCCAUCGAUGUUCAUACGGCAUGUCUUGCCCUUGAGCAACAGCCUAUCGUCGACUUGCCCGUCCUCGCAACUGCAGAGAUCCACUUGCAGGGGCCCACAGGAAAUAAAGGCCUGCAACCACUUGAUUCCGUGCAGAAGGACCUGCGCCCAUUCGAAUUCAUGCAGAAAUCGCCGUCUCUCAGGUGUCUUGUGAUUCAUCUCCUCCAGUCGUGGCCGGUCAAUGCGCACUGGCACAAGAUCCACUUCCCAACUCUGACCGACCUCCACUCGUUCGAGCUGCAUGUGGACAGCGCCCACGAUGCCGGCGGCGGACCGCCGACUCAGCCGCUCCUGCACGCGCUGGACAGCUGUCGACUCUCCCUGGUGGACUUGCACCUCGACAUCGAAAGUAGCAGCUACAUGUAUAGUGACAACAACUUGAUCGGAAAUCCGAUACUCUUCACCGCCUUGCGACACCUCACCCUCGCUGCUGACGCUGCCCAAGGGAUGUUCAGGUACAUCCUCGCUCCAGCCCUCGAGGAGCUGACGUUGCGAAACAUGGGCGACCUCAGCUAUAGCCCCGUCCCUUACCUGCUCGACUUUCUCUCGAAUCAUCCGCUUCCGAAUCCGAAGCGACUUGACCUGGACAGCGUCGCUCCGGACGAUCCCCAAGCAUUCAUUCGUUGCCUGGAGCGCUUCCGCAAGCUGGAAGAGUUGCGCGUGCGAGAGGUCGAGGGCGAUACCUUCCUUCUGAUGUCGGAACCUGUGCUUCAGCGGUUGACUUGUGCUGCAGAAGAACCACCGUUGUUGCCCAACCUGUCUGCUCUGAGGGUCGCGCGGGACGAAGGGACGGAUCAGAAGCUCAACGACGCCUUGCAGAAGAUGGUGGCGUCUCGGGAGGAGCCAUGUCUCUGCGCAAUCGUACCUGUCGUGGCGCUGGAGCUCUUUGAGGUGACUGAUAGGGGAAGUGAUGAGUCGGACGAGGACGUUUGAAAGGAACACAUCGGUCAGAAUGUGAUUUUCGCCAGACGAAAAACAAUGUGGAAAUGACAGUAGUCUAGUGAUUGAAUAUUGUAAAGCUCAGAAAAUAUGCAAGACAACGAUAACUUAUAAUUACGCAAGAGAGCGAGGGUAAUAUCUAUGUGAAUCGACAGUAUUCGAGUUGUGCUGGUCCAGGGGCCGCGCUGCGCGAGCACAAC